AUGUCUACUACAUCUUCUCCUGACCAACCUUGGUCACUUGCCGGCAAGACCGCUAUCGUGACCGGCGGAUCACGAGGCAUAGGCCGAGCCAUCGCCAUCCACUUUGCACGAAAGGGGCUGGAAAAGAUUGCCAUCACAUACGCCUCCAAUAGUGAAGCAGCACAAGUCACCCUCGACGAGUGCCGCCGCCUCGGCGUCAGCCAAGCUAUCGCCAUCCAGGCAGACCUCCUUGACCCUCAGUUCGGGCCCCUCGUCAUCCAGAAGACCCUCCAAGGCCUCGGCACCAAGACCAUCGACAUCCUUGUUAACAACGCCGUCCUCAUCGACAUGAAGCUCUACCAGCCCGUCGACGAGACAACCGCCGAUAUCUUCUCGCAGCUCAUGCACGGCAACGUGUACAGCGCAAUGGCGGUCACGACAGAGUGCAUGGCGCACUUCCCCCCCAAAGGCGGCAGGGUCAUCAACAUCUCAAGUGCAGCGGCCAAGAUGGGGAACCCUUCUCCUACGUUUGUGUACGGCGCUACCAAGGCAGCCCUCGAGAGCAUCACGCGGUCGUUCGCCAGGGAGUUUGGGGUGUCGACGGGGGCCACGUUUACGAGCGUCUCAGUCGGGACGACGGCUACGGAGGCCUUUGAGGCAGCGAAGGAGUCUGUUCCGGAGGAGUACCUGAAUGCGCAGAUUAACGAGGCGACUGCUGCCAGGCGGAUUGGGACUCCGGAGGAUAUCGCCUAUGUUGUUGGGUUUUUAGCCAGCGAGGAGGCGAGAUGGGUCAACGGAGCGAGUGUCAGUGCAAAUGGCGGGAUGAAAGAGGUCCUGGCGGCUCUCGGCUAG